UCCUCCUAUUCUGUCAGUGAGCCGCUGCAGCCCCAUCCCCGGUCCGCUCCCCGCCCGGCUCCAAGGCAACGGCAGAGAGGAUGGAGCCCACAUAAGAGACGCGCCGCCGACCGCCUUUCUACCGUAACGCCGUUCAAAAAGGGAUCGUAUAAAAAGACAAGGAGCAACCGGGACAGCGUUCGGCUUUAAACGGGACCCCCGCCAUGGGCUGCGUCGGUUCCAAGAAGGAGCAGGAGUCGCUCGGCAAAGGAAUGGGCAGCGAGCAGUUGCAGAGCCGCUCCCAGACCCUCCACUACGUGAAAGACCCCACCACAGGGACCUCCACCUCCAAGGCCAGCAGAGCGUCGUCGAACCUGCCGCCGGGCCUGUCAGAUGCAGAGAGCAUCGCCAUCGCGCUCUUCGAUUACGAGGCCAUGCACGAGGGAGACCUGGGCUUCAAGAAGGGAGACAAGCUGAAGAUCUUACAGGAAUCAGGGGAAUGGUGGAGCGCCAUGUUGAUCAGCACGGGCCAGGAGGGCUUCAUCCCCAGUAACUAUGUGGCCAAAGACACCCUGGAGACAGAAGAGUGGUUCUUCAAGGGCGUGAGCAGGAAGGAUGCUGAGAGGCAGCUGCUGGCCUCAGGCAACUCCAUGGGCUCCUUCAUGAUCAGAGACAGUGAAACCACCAAAGGUAGCUACUCUCUAUCUGUCAGAGACAGUGAUGCCCAGGCCGGUGAAACAGUCAAGCAUUAUAAGAUUCGUACACUGGACAACGGAGGAUUCUACAUCUCCCCUCGCAUCACCUUCAACACCCUACAGGACCUGGUCAGCCAUUACAAAAAGCAGGGAGAUGGCCUCUGCCAGACCCUGACAAACCCCUGCAUCAACCCCAAACCCCAGAAACCCUGGGAGAAAGAUGCCUGGGAGAUCCCAAGAGAGUCACUCAAACUGGAGAAGAGGCUCGGCGCGGGGCAGUUUGGAGAGGUCUGGAUGGCUACAUACAAUAAGCACACAAAGGUGGCAGUGAAGACCAUGAAACCUGGCAGCAUGUCGGUGGAGGCCUUCCUGGCUGAGGCCAACCUGAUGAAGACUCUGCAGCAUGACAAGCUGGUUCGGCUAAAUGCUGUGGUCACUAAGGAGGAGCCCAUCUACAUCAUUACUGAGUUCAUGGAGAAAGGUAGCUUGCUGGACUUCUUGAAGAGCACCGAAGGCAACCGUGUCCAGCUCCCUAAACUCAUCGAUUUCUCCGCCCAGAUUGCAGAGGGUAUGGCGUACAUUGAACAGAGGAACUAUAUCCACAGAGACCUGCGAGCUGCAAACAUCCUGGUCAACAAGGCUUUAGUAUGCAAAAUUGCAGAUUUUGGACUUGCCCGCAUCAUCGAGGACAAUGAGUACACUGCCAGGGAAGGAGCCAAGUUCCCCAUCAAGUGGACCGCUCCAGAGGCCAUCAACUAUGGCUCUUUCACCAUCAAAUCAGACGUCUGGUCCUUUGGUAUUUUGCUCACUGAGAUUAUCAGUUAUGGACGCACGCCAUACCCAGGGAUGACCAACCCAGAGGUGAUCCGCUCCCUAGAGAAGGGCUACCGCAUGCAGCGCCUGGACAGCUGUCCCAAAGAACUCUAUGAGAUCAUGUUGGAAUGCUGGAAGAACAAACCUGAAGACCGGCCCACCUUUGAAUACCUUCAGAGUGUUCUGGAAGACUUCUACACCGCUACAGAGAGCCAGUACCAGCAGCAACCAUGAAAGCCAACAUACAGAGACACAUCUACCAUCGCCCUAUUACAUAAAUACAUACAGUAUGCUCUCCCUCUCUCUCUCUCUCUCUCUCUCUCUCUCUCUCUGUCUCUCUCUCAUGAACAUACAAAUUCACUCACACAUACACAAUUAUGAUGUCAUCAUGUGCUACACAGCCGCAGUAUGUACCAUAUAUAACGGUCUUUCUGAGAGACUGCUGUUGCACGUAGAUGCAACAAUACACGUGCUUGCCUCAAAACAAAAGAUUUGAGGUCACCUGAAAGCAGUCAAAUGGAAAACAGCCGAUUUUUGCAAUAGUCUAAUACACAUUGUGCAUCCAUUAUACCAAUGGUGUAACCAAAUGUGUGCUCUGUCCUGCUUCCUUCAAAAAGGUUUGUUAUUUACAAUUCAGCAAGCAAAAAUGCCUUUGUCCAAAUUUCCUGUUAUGAAGUGUAUAGCAGUUUGCUUUGUAAAAGAAAAAGAAGAAAAAAGAUUUAAUUCACAGAGUAUGAGGUGGAUAGUUGAUGACAUUUUAUAUACAUUUUCCGUCUAUUUAUGGCCCAUAGAUUUUUCUAUACACUAUGAUUGAUUUCAGCGUUAUUCCCUAUCUGUGCCUUUCUGCAGUAGUCAUGUUAUUCAUUCAGGGUUAAACAUCUCAAGGCUUUAUGUGUUCUGUAUGCACUGUACAUAUGCUGAUAUUAUGCAUAAUCAUACAAAUAUCCAGGGUGAAGGUGUUUGGUGAGAAGUCCUAGGAAUAAAUGUUCUUAGUGUUUUCAAAUGUUUAACCUGUUUUUGGUGAAUUGAUUAUAAAUACAUGGUGGUUCACCACGUGAUUUGGCCUUCGUGACCUUUUCUGUGUGGAAUGGAAAAUUAACUUUAACAAAAUAAUAAUUUAUUUGUGCGUAUGAUGCUCCUCUUGCCCUUCCAUUUCCUUUCUUCUUGGAGUUUUUAAUCUUUUCCAAAGCAAAAAAAAAAAAAAAAAAAAUUUUAAAUUGUAAAAACAAUGUGAUUUUAGGAACUGUGAAUACUGCGGGUUUUAUUGUAAAGGGUAUCCAACUGGAGGGCAUUAACAACGUGGACAGCCCGUUUUUAGUCCCAGCUGGGGUAAAUUCUGGGGUAUUUUUCCCACGCUGUGCGUCGCAAAUUGUGGUCACCGACUCCCCUAUGGAUGGCCUGAGGGGGGCCGCGUCGCAGGGUCGUCUUAGUGGGACGCGCUUGCAACUGAGGUACGGAAACGUGGAGGACACCACGUGACGGUCCGGACUGCGGUCCUGGUCCUGGUCCUGGGGUCUGGGGUCUGGGGUCUGGGCGGCUGUGUGCUUGUCCAAACGUCAGAUGUUUGUUUCAGUCAUUUUUGUCUUUUGUUGUUUUACAACCUUGUGUGUGUACGGGUGCGUGUUUGCCACAAGCCUCAUUUUUUAGGUCUACAAUUAAAAUGU